GAACCAGAAGCAAGCGACAUCCAGCUCCCCUCUCACAACUCUCAUAACUCUUAAAUAGCUGAGAGCCAAGGACACAAAGGUGGCAAGAAUGGAGACUCAACAUCAAUUGCAAAUGCAGAGCCAAAGUCGAAGAAGAGACCUCGCAAAAGCAAAAUUCACAGGAGCCAUGUGUAUAACCUGAGUACCUGCACAGGUAAAAAUAUGUUCCAGUGCGACACUUGUGGGAAAGAUUUUAAGCGUAAGUCCCAAUUAAAUACACAUCUGAGAGUCCACACAGGUGAGAAACCAUAUUCUUGUAAAACAUGUGGGAAAUAUUUCAGAUAUAAUAGUGGCUUGGUGGUCCACAUGAGAAGCCACACAGGUGAGAGGCCACAUUCUUGUGAAACAUGUGGGAAAUAUUUCAGAUAUCAUGGUGGCUUGAUGGUCCACAUGAGAACUCACACAGGUGAGAAUCCAUAUUCUUGUGAAACAUGUGGGAAAUAUUUCAGAUAUCAUGGUGGCUUGAUGGUCCACAUGAGAACUCACACAGGUGAGAGGCCACAUACUUGCGAAACUUGUGGGAAAGGUUUUAUAAGUAGUAAUGGCUUGUUGGUCCACAUGAGGACGCACACAGGUGAGAGGCCGUAUCCCUGCACCACUUGCGGGGCAAGAUUUAGUAGCAAGUCAGUAUUGAAAACACAUGUGAGUGUCCACACAGGUGAGAAACCAUACUCCUGUAAAAUAUGUGGGAAAAAUUUCCAACUUGGCAGUGGCUACAAAGCCCACAUGAGAAUCCAUACAGGUGAAAAGCUGUAUACUUGCAUAACAUGUGGGAAAACUUUCAGACUUAGUAGUGAAUUGAUAGUCCACAAUGGAAGAUUCCACCCCGGAAGAGCCCACACUGGUGAGAAACCAUAUCCCUGCAACACUUGUGGGAAAAAAUACUUAAGUGUGUCUCAUUUGGAAAGACAUAUGAGCUCACACACAGGCAAGUAGCCUUGUAUUUCAAGAAUAUAUGGGAGAUGGUUCAGUUGUAGCAUCUCAUGGCCAAAACACACAAGAACCCACAGAAGUGAAUCUUUUGCAUGAACUGCAUCUCAGCAACUGUUUAAGUCUUAGUUAAAUGCAGUUAAUUGUCAAAAAUGUUUUUUAAACUACCCUCAUUAUUAUGAGGGUACAUUAUUACAUUAUUAUUAUUAUCUAUUACUCAUAUUUCUGUUUGCAGCAGUAUUUCUUUAUAACUAUUCUUAUCUCCUAUCAGUGAAUGCACAGUCCCUAACAAUAUAAAUGACUGACCUCAUAAAUCAUUAUUCUUUUUUACUAUUUGUAUACACUACCUCAGUUAUAUGAGUCAAUUAUGAACUCUGAGCUGAGAUGUUGGGCCACUUGCAGUAUGAUGUCAUCUUGCAAACUACGGUCUCUUUGUGUCUACAGCCUUUCAUUUGAUAUUUUCAUAUAGUUCUUGAUAUAAUUGUUUUCAUUUUAGGCUUUAGAGAAGAUACCCAAAUUGUAAUGAUGCACUACAUGGUGCUGUCAAAGAAUAUUGUUAAUGUAAUGUUUUUUGAUGCUGGUUAUUCAGACUGAUAUUCCACAUUGAGGGACUGAAUGAUUAGCUUAAAAACUACAGGGCAAUAUCAACCCAGGUGAUUGGUGUAUAAAUAGCACCGAAAUGAAGCUGGAAAAUGAAUUGCUGUUAUUUCAUGUGCUUAUUUCAAUAUUGUGAUUUUACGGCAUAUGGUAAUAACAUAAAAAUACCAGAUUGACUUUGAAUUGUAAAACUAUAAGCAAAUUAUGUGAGAAUUUUAGGCCAUUGGUUCCUUCUGAAACAACAUCAUGUCACUUUUUGCAAAUAUCCCUCUAGUUAUAGUGAUGAACUGGACGGGCCUAUAGGUCAGCAUGUAAAGCUGCUACCUUUUACCCUGGUUGGCAUGCCAAGCUCUGUACACUGGUCUCUCACUGGACUGGUUGUUAUUGUUGGUAAUUUUGGGUAAUUUUAUUUGCAUAAUACGUAAAAUC